AUGUUCCCUAACUCGCCGAACAGGCGGUUCGUCAUCCGCCAGGACCUCCUUGACCAGAUAGUCGCCUGCCUCCAGCCAGGUUCGGACGACGUCUCUUCGAAAUCGCUCGCAUUGCAUGGAAUUGGAGGUGUUGGCAAGACGCAGACUGCGCUCCAGUACGCUUGUACUGCAAGGGAAAAGCAGUGGUACGAUGCCAUCCUGUGGAUCUCGGCCGAGUCCUAUGACCCUAGGGUCCUGGUAAAGGAAUGGCUCGCCGAGACCUCGCUCCGCUGGCUUAUUGUGUUCAACAAUGCCGACGAUCUCGAAGUCCUUCAGCACUCUUGGGCUACUGGAGCCACCGGCUCUGCUCUCAUCACUACUCGAGACUUCAACGCGUCUCUCCACCCGGCUUCUCACGGAAUCCAUGAAUUCCUCUAUGGCCCGGAUAACCAAUCCCUCACCCUCGCCAAAGAUCUGUCUGACGCUCUUGGCGGGCUUCCCCUGGCCCUGAACCAAGCGUCGACCUACAUGCAGCAGUCCAGACUGAGCAUCGAUGAUCAGCUCUCGCUGCCCGAGUGGGAGAAGUACUUCAACCUCUCCGCCAAGCUCCUCUGCCGCCUGUUUCCGUCGUCCUGGUCCGACGAGACGCAGGGCUACGUCUACACGCUUUGGGGCAGAUGCUCGCGGUGUCUGCCCCACGUCCUGAACCUCUCUGCCCGGGCCACGGGCAGCAGGAUGCCGCGUGCGCUGAAGCCGGGGUCAGACUACAUCGAGCUUCUUUUGCGAGCACCUUGGCCGGCAUUCACAGUGCACUACCACACUUACUAG